AUGGAUCUCAAUAUGGCUACGGUGAUGUCGUUGUCUGGACGAGUAGGCCUUGUUACAGGUGGAGGAACAGGGAUAGGAUUUAUCAUCGCCAAAGCCUUCGCUGCGAAUGGAGCAAAGGUAUAUAUCACUGGGCGAAGGCUGAACGUUUUGGAGGAAGCCGCUGCGUCUGUCACAGGCAUUCCAGGAUCUCUUGUCCCACUCCAGAUGGACGUGACAGAUGAGGAAAGCAUCAAGGCUGGCGCAAAGCAUAUCGAAGAAAUCGAUGGCAAGCUCAAUAUCCUCGUCAACAAGUUCGUGUGUGGUUACCUCCACUCCUCUCGCUCAUAUACUGAUGCCUUCCUAGCGCCGGAUGCACAUGGGUCCCGUGAUCCAGACUUGAUCGCACGAUAUGCCACAGAGGAUCCUUUGGAACUCGAAACAGUACAGAACUGGGCUGAUAUCUUCGCGCUUAACGCGAUUGCCCCGUUCUUCGUGAUACGCGCCUUCCAAUCACUCCUCGUCAAAGGAGCACAGUCCCGCCCCCAUAGCACUUCAAGCGUCAUCAACAUCAGUAGCGUGUCCGUAAAGAUGAACAUGACAAGCUCCGUGGCAUCUAUUGCAUACGGGCCGACGAAAGCCGCCUUGGACAAGCUCACACUUGUUCUGGCAACGAGUUUUGCUGCGAGAGGUAUCCCGAUUCGGGUAAACGUGCUGGCUCCUGGCGCGUUUAUGUCUGAGCAGCUGAAUGAUGAGUUUUUGGAGAAGUCAGUUCCUGGUCUGGUUAAGACGAUACCGGCGAAGAGGCUAGGGAGUGAUGCGGAAAUGGGGAUGACGGCAGUCUAUCUGGCUGUGUCCGAUUAUACGAACGGAGCGGUGUUGAGGGUUGAUGGUGGAUUGGCAUUGGUCAUUCCUUGA